AACCUAUGAACAUAACAUUGUUAUAAUACGUACACAAGUAGGAAGAGUCGCGAUCACUGACAUCUGUUAUUAUUAUUGGCCCGUGCUGCGUCUGAAAAUCGUGAUAUAUAUUCACACACGUUGUUACACAAUUGUUUUGAUCGUACGUAGAUCGAGAUCGAUUCGUCGGCUCGCUAUCAUCGUCGGCAACGAAUUCAGUUUUGCAUCGGCCGCUGCAUCAUCGUCGCUAUCUGUACAAGAGUCUCGAAAGCUCGAUCGCAAUGAGCCAACCGCUACCGGACGGCCAGUGGGGCACGACGGAGAUCAACGUGCACAAGAGCAGCUACACGUGGAAGAUCCGGAACUUCAGCUACGCCCAGGACGGGGUCGUGUACAAGUCGCCGCAGUUCACGGUGAAUCCGCGCGACGGCAUCAAGUGGUACCUCGACCUCUACAUCAACGGGCCAGCGGACAGCGACCUCGAGGGCAACGUGUCGCUCUUCGUCAAUGCCGGCAUCAGCGCGUCGAGCUGCGCCUUCGACGUCGAGUACAGCGUCGCGGUGAUCGACAACAGCGGCGAGAAGUGCUUCGCCAAGAGCAAGAAGCGCCGACUGACCAAGACGACGAAUUACGGCAAGAUCGGCUCGUUCGUCAACAGGAGCGACUUGCUGGGCGACGAGCAGCUCUUCCUGGACAACGACACGCUGACGCUGCGCUGCGACUUCGUCGUGAUCGGCGACUGCAACUCGAGCUCGUUCGAGGGCGCCAAGCCGGAUCAAUCUUGGUGCGACCUCGACGAUCUGCUGGCCGAGGAGCGUCUCAAGGCGCUCGACGCCUUCGAGACGUGUCUGCUGUCGUCGGAAGCGGAGGACGAGUCGAGCGACGUGACGCUCCGGGCCAGCUGCGGCAGGAGCCUGCGAGCCCACAAGUUCGUCCUGUCGUCGCGCAGUCCCGUGUUCCGGGCCAUGUUCCGGCAGAAGAUGCUCGAGGCGAGCAGCAGUCAGGUCGAGGUGGCCGACAUGGAUUACCAGGUGCUGCGCGAGCUGCUGCGCUUUAUGUACGCCGCCCGGGUCGAGGGCCUCGACGACGACGGCCUCGUGGCGGGCCUCCUCGACGCCGCCGAGAAGUACCAGGUCCAGGGCCUCAAGGACGUCUGCGUCGAGCAUCUGCGCCGGGGCCUGCGGAUCGACAACGUCAUCGAGAUGCUGCAGCUGUGCAAUCGCUACGAGUUGAGGGAGCUCAAGGCCCGAGUCACCAAGCUCGUAGCUCUCUACGCCAAGGACGUCAUAGCCACGGAUGGAUUCAAGGCCAUCAAGGACACUCAACUCCUCGCCGAGAUCGUCGCCAUUAUAGCCAUUAAAUGAGCUUCCAUUCGUUUCGUUCCUAUCUACGUUGUUUUUGAAGUGAAUUCUUUUAUUGUUUUUGUUGUUAAGUUUUUACCAUUUUUUGUUAUAUAUUUUUUUUUUAUAUAUAUUUUGUUUAAAAUGCAUCUUUGUUGUGUAGAAAAUUGCAUUUUCUAAAUAUAUAACUGCAAUAUCUACUAAAA